UGUUAAUCUCGUCCUGCGGGUCGUGUCUCCUCUUGAUGUGUCUCCUCUGUCUCUAUCCGGUUAUGGAGGUCUGCUAGUAAAGAUCAUUUAAACGCAGCUUCGCUCACAAACACCACAGAUCCUCCGCUCAGGAACAUUAAACAACCAACACUAGUCUAAACACACUGCAAGAUGCCAGUGGCUGUAGGUCCGUAUGGCCAGACUCAGCCCAGCUGUUUUGACCGGGUCAAGAUGGGCUUCAUGAUGGGGUUUGCGGUGGGAAUGGCUGCUGGUGCCAUGUUUGGCACGUUCUCCUGUCUCAGGAUCGGCAUGCGUGGCAGGGAGCUGAUGGGAGGAGUGGGGAAGACCAUGAUGCAGAGCGGGGGGACGUUCGGCACCUUCAUGUCCAUCGGUAUGGGCAUCCGCUGCUGAGGAGGACAAGGAACUACCUCCUCGUCCACCUCCUCCUCCACACAACUAUACAGCUAUGGGACAUUUCCAGAAACUACAACGACAGCUCUCUAUCUGCACGAUGCUGUCACACUCUCAACGACAGUCUAGUUUUGUCAAUAAAAGUUCAGAUUUGUCAAAUGGA